AUGACGCUUCCCCGCCACUGCCUCUGGCUGUUACUGCUAGCCUCUGGCGCUCAAGCCAACGGACUCGCGGACUGGCUCAGUGCGCUCUCGCGUGCCGACUCGCCCACGAGUUCUUCCUCACAAUACGCGUCCUCCACAGCUGUUGAUUCCAGCGUCGCUUCGUCGACGACAUCCAGCGUUGCGGCUUAUUCAACAUCCUCUCCUAAAUCGAGUGCCGUGUGGACUUCCCAGACCUCUUCCGCGACUUCGCAAACCUCGUCGCAAACGCCUGAGACCUCGUCCCAAACGCCUGAGACCUCGUCCCAAACCUCUGAGACCUCGUCCCAAACCUCUGAGACCUCUUCUCCAACUUCUGAGACCUCGUCUCCAACCUCUGAGACCUCGUCUUCAACAUCUCAAUAUUUCGAGACACCAUCAUCUACUACUCAGCCUCUCGAAACUUCCUCGGCUCAACCUGAGACUUCCUCUACUUCUACCACCCCGUGGACUUUCUCUACGUCCUCUACUUCAUCUACUUCCACCACCCCAUCUUUUUCCUCUCCUACUUCUCCUACUUCUUCCACUUCUUCCCCUUUUUCCACUUCUUCAACCCCAUGGAUUUCCUCUUCUACCACGUCAGAGACCAGCGCGACGGAUGUUGAAAAUACUUCGAGUACUUCGCUGUCUACUACAGCCAAUCCCGAAACGUCGUCCACCUCUGUGAGUGCCUUUGAAACCCCAUCUACUACCUCAACGUCUUCCACGUCACAAUAUACCCCGGAGGACGUUAGUUCUUCAUCUCUAGUAGAACCCGAUUCGACCACUUCUUCGACGACGCAACCAACUUCUUCAGAGAUCGCUUCUAGUACAUCAUCAACCUCUUCUACCGUAUAUUCUACGCCAGUGACCACAUCUGCUUCUCCCUCCUCAACUGAAGCAACGUCUCAGGUUACUUCUGCUGAAGAUGGUACUACUUCGCAAACUGAUGCAAAUGUUCAAAGUUCAGACCCGUACACUCAAGCCACAUCAGCAUCUACUUCAAUUACUGAGAACUACUCCUCCACAAGUGCCGUCUCGGCACUUUCGACAAAUGAGGAAAGCACAAGUGUUUCUAGCUCUAUUGAGCCCUCGACUUCAUCUACCGCUUUCUCUGAGACACCAUCGAGCUCUCCUAUGACAUCAACUCUCGCAGUUAUUGCCACAUCUUCUGCUCAAGGCUCUCAAACUUCGGCAGAGCCAUCGAGCCUUUCAAGUGAAACAACCUCAACAACUGAGUCAACACAAGCGGCCGCUACAUCGUAUGGAAAUUCUUUUAGCAGCGAAGACGGUUCAUCCACGUCACAAGAGCCUGCUACUUCCAGUGUUUCAAACACAGAAGCCGCGCAAUCCUCUGCUACACAAUCUACCACAGAAACACUUGGCUCUACCACUGACUCAUCGACCGGUUCGACAUUCACCUCGUAUUCAGGGGCUCCAGAAUCAUCUGAACCAGCGACAUCCACAUCCUACCCAUGGACUGGGGACUCGACCGCUACUGCAGCAUCGACAACGUACCCAUGGACUGCAGAAUCCUCGGCUACAGCAACGUCCACCUCCUACUCAUGGCCUUCAGAAUCUGCUAUCGAAACAGCAACUACUACUCCAUCUUAUUCUUACAGUUGGACUUCCUCGUUGAACGAAGAAAGCUCGACUGGAUUAGUUUCUUCAGACCACUAUCAAACCCCAUCAAGUUUUUGGAAUUCUGAGAUAAGUUCUCAGACAGCUUAUUCGUCAUAUGAAUACGCGACGAGCACUUCUGCUGCACCUGUUGAGACAAGUUCGCAGAAUACCGUGUACAGUUCGGAUUAUGCUACGGCUCCAAGUUCUGAAUUUUCUCAAUGGACCUCGCAAGCUGCAAGCUCCACUCCAGAAUAUUCUGAAUCGACCAGUUCCCUUCAAUGGACAUCCAGUGCAGCUUCUCAAACUACUGAGAACACUGCUACUUCGAUUGCUUCGGAGCCUGGAUGGACGUCAAGCCCAAGCGUAACGAGCACUGAGGUUUCAAAUUCUCCUUACACCAGUUCCGCCUUAAGCUCUGCGACUACCUCUUCGAAUAUUCCCUACAGUGUAAGUACCACCUCGGCGGCAUCUGAGUGGAGUUCAGCAGUAUCCACAGAUAUCUCAGACUCGUCUCCGUCAUCAAGUUCGACAUGGACUUCGGAGACAGGUAUCUCCACAACUCAAAAUACUGGAAGUGCAACCCCGUCUUCCUCAGAGUGGAUUCCUGAGAGUUCAACUUCUAUCAGCGCAUACUCAGAGAGUAGCGUUUCAACCUCGCAGUUGAGUUCAGAAACGAUCUCUUCAUCAACCGAAUACCCCACCAGUACGCCAGCUUCAUCUUCAAGCUCUCAAUGGAUUGCGGCAUCAUCUUCUGAAACGUACGUCGCCUCGAGCUCUUCCCUCACCGAUCUAAUAUCAAAGUCUUCGUCAGCUUACAGCGCCCCAUUGAGUACCUCUUCAGCCGAAAGCGACAGUAGUGUCACGUCGUCUUUAUUUGGCUAUACAACCAGCUUGCCAACGUCCUCUUCACCAAGUUCUUUGUCUACCUCCGGACCUUCGAGUUCUUUUGUGGCCACAUCGUCCUCUUCACCAAGUCCUAUGUCUACCUCCGGACCUUCGAGUUCUUUUGAGGCCACAUCGUCCUCAGCAUCAGGAUCCUUGACUUCCAGUGAUACCCUAAGUACUUCGAAUUCGUACACCGGAGUCACUUCACAAAGCAGUUCCCAGUCUUUAUAUUCUUCUGCGUCUAGUUCGGCGCAAGAGCUCUCGGUCACUGCUUCGUCCUCCACGUCGGACAGUAUUACAAUGUCAACUUCUAGUGCCCUCUCCUCGAGCGCUUCUUUCACAGACACAUCUGUGACGGCUGUCCCUUCAGUCAGCUUAUCGGAGAACUCGGAGCUGCCUCCAAGUACGCCUGUUGCGACUUCCAUAGCCCCUGCCUCAGAUUCUACAUUCAGCGUGUCUACACCCGCCGAAGUGCCCUCGUCAACUUCAGUUGCACCAAAGAGCUCUUCGACAAAUUGGCUUCCAACUGCUAUGAUAACAGCAGCCGCUUCCACAGAAUCAGCUACCGUGUCUGGUAACGCUUCAGACGACGCUCAGCAAGCCACCCAAACACUUCCACAAGCAAUUGGAGCCCCAACACAGGUAGCCCAGCCAGAAGGCUAUAGCGUGAUCACCGUUGGUUUUAAAAAAGCCUUGAAUUAUCCGUUCGUAGUUUCUAACGCCAUUACCAGUGCGCAAAUCUUCGCGUACCUCCCAGAGGCUCUGAAUCUUCCAUUCGACUCAACGCUUCCUAGCAUUGAGGUGACGAGAAUGUUCCCCUUGAAGGUGACCAACAGAGACUAUCUUAUCACGGUGGCGGAAGUAUACUUUCCUACUGAUCAAGUUGAAGAUUUGCAAAAAUUAAUUCAGAACGAGGAAAGCAAGUUUUACAAUAUUACUGAGGGUUCAAAGAAUCAACUGGCUUCUUUUGUUGAUGCCGCCAUACCUUUGUCAGGACUUGUUGACACCUCGUCGACUUCGUCUGGAUCUAGCAGCUCCUCGGGAGAUUCUGACAGUACUAGUAGCUCUUCGAGCGACUCGCAAAACAGCGAGAGCUCUGGCUAUCGCAGUGCUGGAACGCUGGGCUCUUCCAACUACAGCGCAAGUGCUUCAGGAAUGUCCAGCAAGAAGAAGAUGAUCGGUUUGGUCGUCGGCGUCGUGUGCGGAGCUCUAGUGUACAUUUCCCUGAUGGCAUUAGCCUUUAGGUUUAUUGUGAAAAGAAACCAAUUGAAGAAUAGCGCUCCUCAGCUGGACGAAACGUCCAGCUUUGAUUCGGGGUCACACGCUGGUGCUUACCAUUGCGACAAUGAAAAAAAUCCUGAUCAUCGUUCAUCCAUUACUCCUAGCAUGAGAAUCAAUGAAUGGAUGACGCAGAAUCACUAUGGCGAUCUACCCGAGGUUAAUCAAGCAAAUAUUGCCUCUGAUUAUGACAAACCAAACGUUUUAAAGAUCUCAAGGCCAAUAGCAACAGAAAACUCUUUGGGCUGGAACGAUAUCUAA